CAGACAGACAGACAGACGGACAGACAGACACACAGACAGACACACAGACAGACUGAAGAUGAUGUGGAGUGUUGUGUUCCUGCUGACCUCUGCUCUCACUUUGGAGUCCUACGCUGUCCAAGACCUCUACGAGCGUCUGACCCACGGUCGGCAGCUGAAGAUCUACCUGCCGAAGAGUGCCGAGAAGCUGGAGUUCAUUCCAGCUGCUGAUCACAGAAAGACCUUCUCGUACUGGGAGAAGGGCCAUCACAGGAUUACCAAAGGCAGGGUGUCGGGUACCGGCAGCGACCGGCGCUGGUACAUUGACAAGGUGACCUAUGAGGACCAGGGGACGUACGUCCAGAGAGACUACUGGAACAAAGAAAUCUCUUCGGUCAAAGUCGCCGUCACACCCAGGUUCCUCAAUGUGAAGUGUGUAGCAGGAGAGAGUCUUUACAUCCAGCUGGAGGGCAUCGACCUGAGCGACGCCGCCCUCUCCUUCUCUGGGGAGGCCACCAACGUUACCCUGGUGCAUGAUGGGGCUCGGUUGUCCCAGAACCUGCCGGAUUAUUGGGACCGGGUUCAGACCCACACCAUGAAAAUCGAGAUCAGGAAUGUGAACCACAGUGAUGAGGGACUUUACACCCUCAGAGACCGGAGCGACCGGCUGGUGUCUGUUACCCGGAUGGACCUGACGGACCACCAUGAGUCCUCUGAAGGAAACCCUCUCCUGGCCCUGCUCCUCCUGCUCGGCGUCCCUGCUGGGAUCUGCUGCUGCUGUCGGAAGAAGAUCUUCAAGAAGAAAGCGUCUACUGCUGCAACGUUCCAGGCUAACCCUCAGGCGGUCCACCCUCCUCCCGGUGGUCCUGUUGGACCUUGUCCUCCGUACAACACGCCUGGACAACCAGGAGCGGUGUACUACCACGGGCCGGACCCUAACAUGGGUCCUGCAGUCCACCCCCCCCAAACACCGGUCCAGGACAGUGGAACGGCCCCCCCCCCCAGCGAUCCCAGGUUAUAACCCGGGUUACCCUCCCCAGAACCCGUCCUACCCACCCCAGAACCCGUCCUACCCUCCCCAGAACCCGUCCUACCCACCCCAGAA